ACCGCAGUUAUCUACCAGUAUAAGAAAAAUGCCUGACUUCUUAUUGGACAAUGCAACCAAAACUCUGUAUUAAGUUGUCAUGGACAAGCAUGCAACGACACCAAAAAUACCCAAAUCACAAUCGAUGAGUCAUGUGACAGUUGACACCCAUCCCUCAUCCACACCCACGGGGACAAAGGUGUGUGUGAGCGUUGGACCACCAGAUCGCGUUUCCUCUCCCAUCAGUCAGCAGUGCAGUGAUGGCCCAAGUAAAACUAACAAGGGAUGCGAUGAGGAGUCAUCAGGACUGUGCUGACGUGUACUCUAAUAUGGCUACUGUCAGCUCCACUGCGGCAGAUAUUGAAGAUCCGUUGAGCAAGGGGUCAUUGAGUGAGACCUCUGCGGCUGUGACUGUUGGUCGACGGAGCCGAGCUUUUCAGUCUCCGGUGAGAAGACGCCUCCGCACCACCUUCAGCCACAAGCAGCUAGACCAUCUGGAAAUGGCCUUCGGACAGAACCAGUAUCCUGACAUCUACUAUAGAGAGGAGCUGGCCCGAAUCACAAAGCUCAAUGAGGCUCGCAUCCAGGUGUGGUUUCAGAACAGAAGAGCCAAACAGCGCAAGCACGAGCGGGUCUCCCAAAAAGUGCACCCACUGGGUGUGAUGUCAGGCCACAGAGCACUACUGGGCAGCAUGCACGUCACACCAUCCAUGGCCCGGCAAUACUACGGCCAGCCCCUGGCCCACAUUCCCCACGUUACUGCGGUGCUGCCUGCCAGAGUGUACCCCCACCAUUCCCAAGGUCCAGUCAGCCCGUAUCCGUGUCCCCCUAUCACGGCGCAGGCGACCUCUCAGCAGCAGCAUGAAGAAUGGUACAGCCACAUGAGGAGCAACCUGACCUCAACCAUGUUCUCUUUGACAUCCAUGCAGCCCCUGGACUCUUCCGCUCAUUGGAGCUAAGCAUUGCAGGGUCCUCAGUCGAGAUUUUUAGCUAGGAUGUAUGUAUGUUCCGAGUACCAA